AUGAGGCUGCCAAAGACACCACUUGCUGUCGCUGCAUCUGUUGGUGCCUUCGGUGCUUGGUAUGCGUACGGCAACGGCCAGACUACCGAGAUCCAUGCCAGAGAUCCUGUCUCCUCUGCACAGACCCGCAGUCUGUCUAGCACCCCAGACAUCGCACAGCCAACGGCCGAGCCCUCGAAGCCCGCUCCGGUGACUGCUGGCCACAAACCAACGCGACGGGCAUUAGUUGUGGAUGACGAUCAGUUCUUUACUGGAGACAUUGUUGGUGACGGUCCAUUAACGAAAGAUACCGAUGACUAUGGCCGGAAGGUUUUGGAGAUGAUGACACCGCAGCAAGCUACGGAGCGUCUACGGAAGAACGAAGAGUCAAUCCUCGUGAAUCGGGGUCGCGGUGUGGUCAGAUACGAUAUCGUGCAGCUUCCCAGUAACGAUCCGAUCGAGGAUGAUCACGCAGAGAAGACGAUCCAGGUUUCGGACAAUGUGGCACAUGCUGGCAACGAUUCUUCAUCGGACUGGAUGUUCUGGGGUGUGUUCGAUGGUCAUUCUGGAUGGACAACCUCUGCGAGGCUGCGACAAGUUCUGAUUCAGUACGCUGCACGCGAGCUUAACGCCACAUACACCGCGGCUUUGGCCAGCAAAAUUGCCUCGUCGCCAUCGCCUGAGGCGAUUGAUCAGGCGCUCAAGCUUGCAUUCACCAAGCUUGACAAUGAAAUCUGCCAUGAAAGCGUGAAGAAAUUAGGCAAUGCUCCAAGCAAGAGUCGUGCAUCGGAGCUGCUAGCUCCCGCUCUCUCUGGCUCGUGUGCGUUGUUGAGCUUCUAUGACUCACACAGUCGAAAUUUCAGAGUGGCAUGUACUGGCGACAGCAGAGCAGUGCUCGGUAGGCGAAACCCAUCGACCGGAAAGUGGUCUGCCACACCGCUUUCGGAAGACCAGACAGGCUCAAACCCCAACGAAGCCAAGCGGAUGCGCGCCGAGCACCCGGGUGAGGACAGAGUCGUCCACGCUGGUCGUGUUCUGGGCAAUCUUGAGCCGACCAGGGCUUUCGGAGAUGCGGCAUACAAGUGGUCACGGGAGACACAGGACAGAAUCAAGCGACACUUCUUUGGUCGAAAUGUGCAUCCACUGCUGAAGACGCCGCCUUAUGUGACCGCGGAGCCCGUUGUCACCACGACAGGCAUUGAGCCUGGUAAAGGUGGUCGGACUGGUGGGCCAGUGGUAGAACAACAGAACAGAGAAGCCAAGAAAUCAUCAAGCACCGCAUGGCUGACAGACUGGUUCAAAUCAGCACCAACAUCAUUACCAGUAGAAAAGGGAGGAAACAUGGACAAGACCGGCCGAGUCAGCAAUGCGAAUGACCCGAAAAGCAAGAUGGAUAAGCCCAUUCGACAAGAGCAGUGGGCCUUGCCAUCUGAAGAUAAUGGCAGGUUUGUUGUGGAAGAUAAGAACGCUGCCACUCACCUGGUCAGAAAUGCCCUAGGCGGGAAGGAUAGAGAUAUGGUCUGCGCUUUGCUCUCUCUGCCGAGUCCCUAUAGUCGACGCUACAGGGAUGAUUUGACGGUGGAGGUCAUCUUCUUCGGCGAGAGUGAGGGGACUGGGGAUCUUGCCAUUAACCAGGAAGCCACCACCAAUGGCACCGACAGUGAACCCAAGGCGAAACUGUGA